AUGCCAUUCCAAUCUCGGUCCAGGAUCAGGAUACUGGUCAGCCUAUUCUUAACAAGCUGCUUCCUCUCAGCGCAGGCCGCUGUUCCCUCAUCAACGUAUGUCGGGCAAGGAACCUCUCCGGAUCCAAAUGAUAAUAUCACUGUUUCCAUUAACGUGCCGAACGACAACUCCAAUUCUCUCUUCUACCACUUCUCUGCACCUGCGGGCCAGACUUGGGCUGCCUUUGGCUUCGGCAGCGGGAUGGCAGGGGCGUUGAUCUUUGUCACAUAUGCUUCGGAGGGUGGAAACAACGUCACUGUCAGUCCUCGUCUUGGGAAGGGCCAUGUCAUGCCCCUACAUACCUCCGAUGUGCAACUGGAGGUGCUGAGCGGCAGUGGUAUCGUCGACGGAUCUUUCGUUGUCAAUGCCAAAUGCUCCAAUUGCCGAAGCUGGGAUGGUGGGAAUAUCGAUGUUAACAGCGACAAUCAAGCCAUGAUAUGGGCCGCUGGGUCAGGAGGCUCUCUGUCCUCCAACGACGUCAACGCUCAAAUUCAAAAGCAUGAGGGCUACAACUUCUUCAACCUGAACCUCAAGCAGGCUACCGGUAUUGGCGGCGUGCCGGUCGUGAGCGCGUCCUCCGACACAGUGAUUGGCGGCGGUCCUGUCGGCGGCGACUUCCGCGGCGCCCCUGGUUUCCACGCAUUCCUCAUGGUCGCUGCCUUCUUGAUCGUCUUUCCGGGAGGAUACUUGUUCCUCCGUGUUUUUGAAAAGGUGUGGCUUCACUGGGGUAUCCAGUCAUUGGCACUGCUCAUGACCAUCCUCGGUAUGGGUGUUGGAAUUGCCAUCAGCAAAAGAGACAAAAUUUCUCCUAAUCUGACCGCCGGUCAUCAAAUCCUCGGGUUCGUGGUAGUUGGCCUUGGGCUUGCCACCUGGAUCGUCGGAUUUGUUGGACAUCGCAUCUACAAGAGGACAAAGCAGCCAGCCAAGAUCAUGAAAGGACAUCGUGUCCUAGGCCCUGCCACAAUAACCUUGGGUCUGGCCAACUGUAUUGUCGGUUUCCGAUUCGCCGAAAAUACCCGCGCAACCAUAGUCUUUGCCAUUGCCAUGGUGUUGAUGUUGAUUUUCGUGGGAACCGUGAUGUUUUUCAAACGCCGCCAGCAGCAGCGGAAAGGGCCUAUGAACACACCAGCUGCGGCUAAUUUCCGCGAGGGUCAGUCUGAGCGGUCUAACUAUACGGGAGAGGCGCCACUGCCUUUAUAUGGUCAAGGGGGCAUUCCCCUGCAAAGCUAUGCCAACAAUCAGGCCCCUCCUGUGUAUCGCUAG